UUGCUUAUUUAAUUAUAGCAAGUAUUCUAACUAUGUCACCAAGCGUUAAUGCAACGACCAAACAUAGUCAUUUUGUGCUGGUUCAUGGGACUGGUCAUGGAGCCUGGUGUUAGUACAAGGUGGCUACUCUCUUACAAUCCGCCGGUCAUAAUGUUACAACUAUAGAUCUCACAGCCUCUGGAAUCAACCUCGACAAAGUUAGCCAAGUCAACGGUUCAGUGGUUGACUACACUAAGCCAUUGAUGGAUUUCAUGGCGUCCCUUCCAGCCACAGUGGCUAAUAAAAUCGUUCUAGUCGGUCAUAGUUUAGGUGGUCUUAGCAUCUCCCUUGCCAUGGAAAGCUUUCCUCGGAAAAUUUCAGCUGUAGUAUUUGUCGCCUCUGCUAUGCCUGGUCCUAACUUCAGUUUUCUCAAUAUAUCUCAAAAGAUGACAAGAAGAGCAGGUUCUUUUGUGGAUUCAAAAUUCAUAUUUGAGAAUGGUCCUAAUAAAUCUCCAACGGCCUCAAUUUUAGGGCCAAUAUACAUGGCAACAAAGGUGUACCAACUUUCACCACCACAGGACUUGGUUCUUGCAAUGUCAUUGGUGAGGGCUGCCCCUUUAUUUAAUAAUAAAGAGUUGGUGAACAAAGAAGUCAAACUUACCAAGGAAAGGUAUGACACAGUUAAAAGAGUUUUUAUAUUGUGUGACCAAGACUUAGCACUCGAGGAGAGUUUCCAAAGGUGGAUGAUCGAGAAGAACCCACCGCAUGAAGUAAAGGUCAUUAAUGGAGCUGAUCAUAUGGCUAUGUUCUCUAAACCACUUGAGCUCUUUACUUAUCUUGGGGAGAUUGCACACAAAUAUUCUUCAAAUUAAUUAAACUAGCUUGUUUUUCUUUCUUUUUUCUUUUGGAGUUGGUAAUCAUGAGGAAGAAAAAUAAAAUAUAGCUAUGUAAUUGUUGAUAUUUUUUGUGUGUAACAAUAAGCGAGGGACUUGAUUAUUUCUUGCUAGGUGCAUACAUGAGUAUAUUGUACUUGUGGUUUGUAUGUGAAUAGUACUUUCCAACAACUUCGUGAUUA